CUUGAAAAACUCUUGAGUUCAACACAACAAGAGAAGACUCCACACAGAAUUUAAAGCCUCGUGACCAUCGAAGAGAGAGAGAGAACCAAGGGCAUUACAGAUAAUGACUGGUUUAGUAAUGGUGACAAAAGGGGGUGGUUGUGGUGGUGGCGGUGGGAAGGGAGGAGCUAAAGGAGGAGUUAAGAGCCGUGAGGAAGAGCAGCAGAACCAGAUAUCUGUCCUGGCGUUGCUUUUGGCUGCUUUGAGGAAAUCCAUGGUGUCUUGUCGUGUUGAUUCCCGGGAUGAAGUAAUCUCUUCCACCCUUCAACAUAUGGAAAUCGGGUGGCCAACCAACGUAAGACACAUUACCCAUGUUACCUUUGAUCGUUUCAAUGGCUUCUUGGGUCUUCCCGUCGAGUUCCAAGUUGAAAUCCCCAAUCGGGUUCCAAGUGCCAGUGCUAAUGUGUUUGGGGUCUCAGCGGAAUCAAUGCAAUGCUCAUUCGAUCCCAAAGGGAAUAGCGUCCCCACUAUACUGUUGUUGAUGCAGGAGCGGCUUUAUUCACAAGGGGGAUUAAAGGCGGAGGGGAUUUUCCGGAUAAAUCCUGAGAAUGGCCAAGAGGAGCAUGUAAGGGAUCAACUUAACAAGGGCAUUGUGCCGGAUAAUAUCGAUGUCCAUUGUCUUGCAGGCCUUAUAAAAGCCUGGUUUCGAGAGCUUCCUUCAGGUGUUCUUGAUGGACUUUCCCCUGAACAGGUUCUCCGAUGCAAUACGGAAGAAGAAUCGGUCGACCUUGUGAAGCAGUUGAAGCCAACUGAAGCUGCACUGCUCAAUUGGGCUGUUGGUCUUAUGGCGGAUGUUGUGGAGGAAGAGGAAUCAAACAAAAUGAAUGCGAGAAAUAUUGCUAUGGUUUUUGCUCCGAAUAUGACUCGGAUGUCUGAUCCAUUGACGGCUCUGAUGCAUGCUGUUCAAGUGAUGAACUUGCUGAAGACCUUGAUCAUCAAAACGCUACGGAAACGUGAAGAGACGGCAAUGGGAGGGUAUUCACCGAUGUCGUCUCAUUCAUGUGACUGUCCUACAGAUGAGGAGUUCGAUAGUCAGCCAGAGAUGGAUACGAGUUGCGAACUGAGAGGGCCAACAUCCGAUUAUGAUAACACCCUUUACAGUAACUGUAGUGCAGAUGAAGAUGAAAUCGAAGCUGAAGUCGAGUCAUUGGGUGAAAUAGAGGAAUGCUUCGUAAGGCAACCGGACGAGCAUAAGAGCAUCACACAUAGUUUCUUUGAGGAAGUCGUGGACGAGUCACAGAGAGACGAUUCAAGUCCAAGAAGUUGCUCGGUUCGCAGUAUCGAAUCUGGUGUUUCCUUUACAGAUAAAAAGAACAAGAGUUCUGCCUUGUGUAUAGGUAAUGGUGAGAACAUUGGUGACACGGAUAUGGUAGACAAACUAGAUGAGCCUACAAAAUGGGACACAUCGUCUCUGUCUAUUGCUGGCUGACCGAUGAUUCGGCCUCACAUUAUUUAGGACAAUAGUUGCACAUUUUGGGUUGUCACCUUUCAACUAUGGUUCAGCAAGGGCUGAACCUGAACUCUGUAGUUGUAUUUUUUUUUUUAAUUUUAUGUUUAAUUAGGACCUCAAAACUGUUGGAACUAAUCAACCAGUCUUAGGUAGAUCCAGCUUUUAAAUUCAGGGAGGGUGUAAUUCUGAAAUAUGGUUGAAUUGCAAAGCUAAGGCAUCCAUUUGAAUUUUA